CAGCGAGCCAGGCAUGCUCUCUCUCUCCGCCCGCCUGCGUCGGCAAACGGGACGCAGUUGAAUCGCGCACGCAACCCGCUGCAGGAUAAAUGACUUGAGAAACUCUGGAAGUGAGCGGAUGGGAGAUGAAUGUGGCCGGGAAGCAGCAGCCUGAGCCGAUCGAGCGACCCGCCAGCCUCCCCGUUCCAACUUCGACAAAAUCUGGAAUUGCUUUGCUGUACAAUGAGGAGACCAACAAUACCUAUGAUGUCUGCCUGAAAUUGACCAAAGAGGCGUUAACCAUACAGAAGCCGGAUGUGGUUUGCACGAGUGGAACCGACUCCCAAGUAAAUCACAGAACUGUUGUACUGCGAAGACAAGCGACCGGCAGCCUGGGCUUAAGCAUCAAAGGAGGGGCUGAGCACAACGUCCCAGUGGUUAUUUCCAAGAUUUUUAAAGAUCAAGUAGCCGAUCAGACGGGGAAGCUGUUCGUCGGAGACGCCGUGUUGCAGGUCAAUGGCAUCAAUGUAGAACGCUGCACUCAUGAAGAAGUUGUUCACCUGCUGCGUACCGCCGGAGACGAGGUCACCAUCACCGUCCGCUACCUGCGAGAAGUCCCAUCAUUUCUCAAACUGCCUCUAGGUUCUCCAGGGCCAGAUCACAGCCGAGUAUCGUCUCCACUCUUCGACAGUGGCUUACAUUUAAAUGGAAAUGGAAACGGAAGCAGCGCAGCCCCAUCACCCCCUUCGCCCUCAGCUAAUGAACCAAAGUAUGAGAAGCGCUGGUUGGAUGCCGUCUGCCUGCCCUUGUUGAUGGCCAGAGUCUCCCGAUACAAAGCUGGCACAGAUAAAUUAAGGUCCAACUGUUUUGAAGUGGUUGCCUUGGAUGGAGCCAGCACCAAUAUUCUUCAGUUUUGCACUGCAGCAGAAAGCACAGACUGGCUCCAAGCAAUAUCUGCGAAUAUCAAUGACUUGACACAGGAGAACAUAAAGAUGGUCAACAAAUUCUGCUCCUCGGAUGAUCAGAUUGUUUAUAUGGGCUGGGCUUGUGAAAGCCGUGAGGGCAGCGCUGCUGGUCGGACCUCCGUCUUCAAGUUCCUGGCUCUGAGAGGACCAUAUUUUUCUAUCUACAGAAGCCCCCCGAUCAAUGCAGCUGACUGGGGACAAGCUGAAACAACGUAUAACCUCUAUGAGGUUCUUUUCAAGGUUCACAAGCUGUGGAUGGCAGAGGACUGCUGGCUCCAGGCGAGGCUGUACCUGGGGCUGGAGCAUUCGCCUGAGCAGCAGGACAAUGAGUCUCUGUACUUCAGUAUUCUGGUCGGCCACGGCCAGAGCCACACCUUCAGGGUAGAGCUGGCCACUGACCUGGCUAUCUGGGAGAAAUCCUUCCAAAGAGCUGUCUUCUUGGAAGUGCAGCGCAUACGAUCCAAGAGCUACAUGUGCAGCAGCCAGGGGAAUGUACUGAGCUUCACCGUUGACUUUGCAUCGGGCUUCACCUGCUCAGAAGCCACAGCAAAGACCGUACUGUGGCGAUACAAGUUCUCUCAACUGAAAGGCUCCUCUGAUGAUGGGAAAACCAGGGUAAAACUCCUUUUCCAGAAUGCUGAAAGCAAGCAGAUAGAAAUGAAGGAACUAGAGUUUGCUAAUCUGACCGCCGUCCUUCACUGUAUACACUCGUUUAUUGCUGCCAAAGUGGCCUCCAUGGACCCUCUAUUUAUGUGUGGUCAAAGCUUCUCUGGAAGCUACAUGAACAGCUAGGAGGAUGCGUCCCACCGUGAUGGACUCCCUAGGCUAACCCGCUGUAUUUUAUGCACAGAGCCAGUUGAUAUGUACAUCAUGUCCUUGCUAUUUUUGUAUAAAC